AACUUAGAUCUCUUGCAGAGAAAGAUGGGGAGAGGAAAAAUCGAGAUCAAGAGGAUUGAGAACACAACAAACCGCCAAGUGACCUUCUGCAAGAGGAGGAAUGGAUUAUUGAAAAAGGCCUAUGAACUUUCGAUUCUCUGUGAAGCUGAAGUGGCGCUGAUCGUCUUCUCCAGCCGCGGCCGCCUCUAUGAGUAUUCAAACAGCAACAUAAGGUCAAGUAUUGAGAGGUACAAGAAGGCGUCCUCAGACAACUUGAAUUCCGGAUCUGUCAUAGAGAUCAAUGCUCAGUAUUACCAGCAGGAAUCAGCAAAGCUUCGACAGCAAAUUCAGAUGAUACAGAACUCCAACAGGCACCUAAUGGGAGAGUCCUUGAACACUUUAACCGUGAAAGAGCUGAAGCAGCUUGAGAAUAGGCUUGAGCGAGGCCUUACCAGAAUCAGGUCCAAGAAGCACGAGAUGUUGCUAGCUGAAAUUGAGUACUUCCAGAAAAGGGAGAUCGAGCUUGAGAAUGAGAGCGUGUUUCUUCGUUCCAAGAUUGCAGAAGUUGAGAGGUUUCAAAAGGCCAACAACAUUGUGAGUGGACCAGAGCUGAAUGCCAUUCAUGCGUUAGCUUCUCGGAAUUUCUUCAAUCCAACCAUGAUUGAGAAUACUGAAACUGCAUACUCUCACCCUGAUAAGAAAAUGCUCCAUCUUGGGUAA